UUUUAAAUCAACCAAUAAUAGCAUCAUUAUUUUUGCAGCUUACUGUUAAUGUAGCCUUAAAAACACCCGCUAUUAACACCUCAUUUUCCUGAAUGCCAUUUAAUAAUGGUCUCAUUAACACUUGUAGACUCACUGAAAGAAAGACACAGCCUGGACAUAAAUGGAGCCUGGUUUUCUCAGUCUUCAUUCUGAGUUUGGAUCAAGGGGUCAUCAUGACUAACGGAGAGACCGCAGGGUUCAGCAGUUCGCAGUCCAGUGGCGCUCCAAGGAGAAUGAAGCAGUGUGCAGCAGGAACAUACACCGGACUUAUUGCAUAUGCAAUUCGAGAAUCACCGGACAAGAAGCUCACAUUCAAACAGAUAAUGAAGAAGCUGGAACCAUUUGUGUUUGGAGAAAAAAGAAACUUUGAGAACAACAUCAGAGUCUGUUUGUCCGCAAAAAAGUGUUUUGUGAAGGUACCAGUCGAUCCAGAUUAUCCAAAUCCUAAAAAGAAUUUCUGGAAAGUGGACGAGAGUUGCAUUACUCCAAAACUGUUUCAACGACAUUUCAAAUACAUUAUGCCCAUGUUUCCUGACAACAGCAUUCAAACACAAUGGGUGCAUAAAUGUGAAGAUAAACCAUCUGCUCCUGAGAAACUCCUUCCAGUCUGUAAGGUCACAGAAAAUAAAAGCGAAGUCAAGUUUACAGGCCCGUUCUCCAUUGAAUCUUUGCUAAAGAGUGACCAUGGAGUGAAACGCAUGCGCAGCACGCAGAUGGAGGAACAUCCACACUACAGAGAAGCGCAGUGUGCAGCGACAAAGAGAAAACACAUGUAUGCUGCAGUGGAGUGUUUUUACCCUGUUUCAGCAGAAGGAAACCACUUAGUCUCGACGAAAAGGCCUCGACUAUCUUCAGGACCUCAGUUAGGACUGUCUUUCCCUCAGCAGAUCAAAUAUGAUCACCGUGCUCUCUUCAGCUAUCCUCUAAUGAUUGAUAAGAGAUAUAUGAGCUGGUGAAAUGUGAGAAACACCAAAUGUGAAGAGCUGAAAUAGCACUUUUAGUUGUUGUUGACUUUUUUUCUUUUUUAUAAAAAUCAACUGUCUUCGUAGGCUAUUUGACUGUGAUAUCUUGUUUAAUCAAAUAAACCUGAGACAUUUUUAACGCCAAAUGCAAAUGAACAGCAUUUCUCGUUUUUUUUAACUA